GACCCACUUUCCCGCCAGGAAAGCAACGUCUCUUUUUUUAUCCUCCCCUGUUUAUAACCCCCUCCCUGGACCCUUUACAGAGCACCUCUCUCUCUCUCUCUCUCUCUCUUUGGUAUUCAUGGCUCAUCAGAGACUUGAUGGAGAAGAUCAAGAAGCUCUGUAUAGCACAUACCCUUUGGCAGUGUACUAUGUACAGAGCCCAUCAGCUAUUUCACAUGCCAAUAGUGACUCUCGCAACAAUGAGUCUACUUUACUAUCUCCAUAUCCAUAUCGAUCUGAGAACUUCAAUCCCAAUCACAGAAACCCAAAUCGAGAAGUUGCCCGAUUGCUCGCACGUUACUCUUCAUCUCGUGGUUCCAACAAUUCAUUCCUUCUCCAUGAGAAGAAGCUUUCCUAUGAUGGUGAUCAGAGUCAAGGGAUUGAUACUGAGAAUGGUGAAACUUGUCUGAUCAAUUAUGUAGAGGAAGUGGAACAUGAAAAAAAACCAGACAUAAUUGAUGAAGACGAUGAUGAUGAAAUUGUAGAUGGAAGAAGACAUGGGUUUUGGAGAUUUUUCUCUUUUGGUACAUCUCCUUCUUGUGCCUGGAUUUUUCUCCAGAUUAGUUGGAGGUUUAUGUUGAGCUUGGGAGUUGCAUUGCUUCUUUUCUAUUUGGCAACUAAGCCUCCUCCACCCAAAAUGUCUCUCAAGAUGGCAGGAAUACAACAAUUUGGGCUAGGAGAAGGGGUGGAUGGAUCUGGUGUUACAACCAAUAUUCUCACCUGCAAUUGCUCCAUGAAAUUACAGAUUGACAAUAAAUCUAAGCUCUUUGGACUUCACAUUCAACCUCCUAUCAUAGAUAUGUCAUUUGGGCGCUUCAUUUUUGGAAGCUCACAGGGACCGGAAUUGUAUGCCGAGAGCGACGGUCCGACGAUGGUCCCAUUGUAUGUAGGGACAAGCAAUAAGGCAAUGUAUGGAGCUGGUAGGACCAUGGAAGACAUGCUCGAGUCUGGAAAAGGACUGCAACUGAUCAUCCAAAUGAGGUUGAGCUCAAGUUUUCGAGUUGUUUGGGACCUUAUAAAGCCAAGGUUCCAUCACCAUGCUGAGUGUCUGUUAGUCUUAAAUCGUAGAUAUGAUAAGCUGCACCAUACCCAGGUGUAUAAUAGCAGCUGUAGAAUUACUUCUUAUUCGUAAAUCAAAUCUUAAUCAGAUAAGAAGUUAUACAUCCAAGACAAUAUAGGCUUAAAAGAAGGCAUGGGAAUUGGGAAGAAACAGACUAUGUAAUAUGGGGAACAAUUGGUAUGUAUAUGGUGCUUGUGGUAAUUCGAAUCGAUAAUCGAUAUAAGUAAAUGUAGUAUU